GAGCAGCCAAUCAUCUGGCGCGGUGGCGCCGUGCGAGUGCCGCUCACCUGCUGCGGCCGCGCCGGCCCGACAGCUGAUUGACAGGCGAGGGGCGGAGCGGCGGCCUUCUGCUGAGCGGUUCCCGGCGGCGGCGGUUUGCUGGCGGCAGCGGCGCGAUGGUGUGCGGGGGGUUCGCCUGUUCCAAGAAUUGCCUGUGCGCACUCAACCUGCUCUACACGCUGGUAAGCCUGCUACUGAUUGGAAUUGCGGCAUGGGGAAUCGGCUUUGGCCUCAUCUCUAGUUUCAGAGUUGUUGGAGUAGCAAUUGCAGUAGGAAUCUUCCUCUUCUUUAUUGCCUUAGUGGGAUUGAUUGGUGCCGUGAAACAUCAUCAAGUAUUGCUGUUCUUUUACAUGAUUAUUCUUUUGCUAGUCUUUAUUGUCCAGUUUUCUGUCUCCUGUGCCUGUUUGGCACUAAACAAGGAGCAGCAGACUCAGCUUCUAGAGGUGGGAUGGAAUAACACUAACAGCGCAAGAACAGAUAUUGAGAGAAAUCUGAAUUGUUGUGGAUUCAGAGUUUUUGAUCUGAAUGAAACCUGCUUCUCUGAUUGCUUUAGAAGUCACCACUGUCAACCAUGUGCACCGAUAAUAGAAGAAUAUUCUGGAAUGGUUCUCAGAUUUGUUGGAGGCAUAGGACUCUUCUUCAGUUUCACAGAGAUUCUGGGAGUCUGGCUGACAUACAGAUACAGGAACCAAAAGGAUCCCCGUGCAAACCCUAGUGCAUUUCUUUGAGGUUUAUAAAGGACUGAAUCUUCUCUCUGUACUUUCUACUUCAAAAUAGUGAUUCUCUAUAGGUAUUUCUCCAUAGUAUGGAUUCUGUAUAUUCCCAAAAGAAACCUGUUGUUUCCAUAAGAAAUUUGUAGUUUUCGUAUUUAAUUUUCCAUUAUUUUCAUUCUAAGAAUCUCUAUCUUGAAGUAGACUAGUGUAUUCAGUAGCUGGGCAGAGUUAAAUUGCUGCUCUGAGCUGGUUAAAUAGCUCUGUUAAGGCUUUGGUGUGAUGGAUCCGGUGAACUCUAUACAGUGAGUUUUGCAUCACUACUGGCUUCUCUGGCGUCUCAAAAACCCCAGAAGUGUUUCCUGCUGUAUUUAUUGAUUACAGAAAUUCACAUGACUUCUCAUUAAAGUGAUAAAAAAUAUGUGGUGGAUGGUUGGACUGUAUGAUUUGAUUAAGCUUUAGGAUGAACCAUAGUCAACUUUUUUUUGUCUACUGCUUUCCAAUUAAGGUAAGAAAAGAAGCUAAAGAUGUUAUUUUCUGUAGUGCACGUAAGUGUAUGUUAAUGACUACUGUAGUCUUCACCCCACCCCUUUCCUGUAUGUUUUGGCUUUCUGGUAGCUUUAGAAUUUUGUUGAGAAUAAAAAGAAUUCUUUACUUUUUAAUGAAUAUCUUCACUAUGAGAACAAUGAAUGAAGAAAACCAGAAGAGUAUAAUCUGCAGCUGAUUAACUUGAAACUUUUUUUUUUUUCUCCUU